AUGGCGGACGAAGUUGGUUUGGUUGUCUGUCAAAGUUUUUCCUGCAAUAUUUCGCGAUGCGUAAGGCUUUCGUGUGCUUUAGCUCUUGUUUCUGGUACAACGUACGUUUUAUACAAAUAUAUAAAGAAAUCGACUGAGUUUUCCCGGAACGAUUUUAAGGAAACUGCGCCAUUUAUACGUCAAGUGUUGUUCUUCCCCGACAAGAAGAUCGCUUGUAAAAGUUUUCUUUCUGGUGUGAACUGUUCUCGCUCAAUAUGUCCAUAUGCCCAUGAAGAUACGUCCCUUAGUAAGCUAAUCAAGACUAUCAUGAAAGCCAAGUCUACCCUGGAUGUAUGUGUGUUUACGAUCAAUUGUCACGAGCUUGCCAACGCUGUAGUGGAGUUACACAAGAAAGGUGUUGUAGUUCGUAUACUGACUGACGACGAACAAAUGGGAUCCUCUGGAUCACAGAUACAAAAAUUUAGAGAACAAGGUAUUCGUGUCAGACAUGACUUGUCCUCCUUUUUCAUGCAUCACAAGUUUGUUAUUAUUGAUAAUUGUUUGAUAGCUAAUGGUUCAUUCAACUGGACAAGACAAGCAGUCACCGGCAACAGAGAGAAUGUUGUGAUUACCAAUGAAGCUCAGAUUGUAAAAGCUUUUAGCGAAGAAUUUGAAAAACUAUGGAUUGAAUAUGACCCAGCUUCUCGAUCGUAAAAGAGGCUUUGACUUCUAGAUAUUUUUUACCCCGAUUAGCUGUGUUGAUCAAGUCAAUUUUUACAAUUUUUAUUUAUAAUUUCGUGUUGUUUCACCAAUGAAAGUUUGAGUCAGAGUUAGUAAAGUAUUUCCUAAGUUUUCAGACUUCAAAAUAAUAAUGUUAACAAUAAUAUUGGUAGAAAUCCCAAUGAGUCGUUAUCACAUGGCUCCAUGUUUAUUCCCAUGAGAAUGAAAAUCUUUAUUUAACCCUAACCUAACUUGAAGUGAUUGAAUGCGAGGCCAUGCAGAUGAAAUCUUUUGUCCCAGUCAACUUGGCUGCCACAUGAUAGGGGCCCGUAAUCCUAAUAAACUGAUGCUCACAAGGAAUUCUGGGGAACUUUGGGAUCAUCAAGACCACAUUUGUUUUGAUGCCAAGAACACAUUUAUUUUAGGUAACAUAAUUUUUAUUCACCUUUUAUAUACAUCAUCCAAUAAAUCUUUUUGUUUGCAAUUUAUAAA